UGUUUUUCGUGGACACUAGGCGUUGUAUUUGUCAAGUGGGAAGUCCACACACGCAAUUGUAAGUUUGUGAAGCGAUACACGUAUUUGUUAAUCAACUUUUUGGUUCCAAUCAAUGGAGGGAGGACGAGUCCUAAAAGGAAGCAGACAGCGCAAACAUGGAUGCCGAGAAAAUGUUCUCGUCAUUGAUUCUACUCAUUCUCUUCUUCCCAUUUUGCACUUCCACAGACACCUUAAAACCAAACCAAUCCAUCAAGAAUGGCCAAUCUUUGAUGUCCAAAGAAAAGAACUUCGCCUUAGGCUUCUUCAACCCCGGCAACUCUAGCCAUUGGUAUCUGGGUAUUUGGUAUGUUAAAGUGACGGUACAAACUGUGGUGUGGGUUGCAAACAGGAACAAUCCUAUCAAUGGGUCCUCUGGAGUUCUCUCAAUCAACCAGUUUGGCAACCUUGUCCUCCGUGACGGCUAUAACCGCCUUCUAUGGACUACAAAUGUUUCUGUCCAAGGGACAAGUACUUCCACUGUAGCUCAGCUUCAAGAUUCAGGAAACCUUGUAUUGGUUCGGGACAAUGACAAGAACGUGUUAUGGCAAAGCUUUGACAAUCAUACAGAUACUCUGCUUCCAGUUAAAGACAUGAAGGUUGGAAUGAAUCGGAGAACGGGGAUGAACUGGUUCUUAACAUCUUGGAAGUCAGAAGAUGACCCUGGAGAUGGGGACUACAUCUAUAAGCUAAAUCCUGCUGACUCUCGACAGUUCUUCUUGUAUAAGGGUUCGACUUCGACUCCGUUAUGGCGGACUGGUCCAUGGCCAUGGGUCAUAGCAACAGAAAAAACCGCGUCUGAUUAUGAAGCCAAUUUUGUUAGCAAUCAGGAGGAGGUAUCUUACUCCUACUUUCUUGAUGACCCUUCAGUCAUUACAAGAUUAGUGGUGCACAACUCUGGAUUGCUCCAGCAACUUUUUUGGGAUGACAGUGAUCGUCAAUGGAAGGAACUCUGGUCGGCACCUAAAUACCGGUGUGACAAGUAUGGACAGUGUGGUGCGAAUAGUAUAUGCAGUCCUGACAAUAUGAAUAGGUUCGAGUGUACGUGUUUGCCAGGGUAUGAACCCAAGUCUCCGAGGGACUGGAGUCUCAGAAAUGGUUCUGAGGGGUGUGCGAGGAAGCAGCUGGUGCUGUCGAUGUGUGGGAAUGGGGAAGGGUUUGUGAACGUGGGGCGUGUGAAGAUUCCUGAUUCACCAAACCCGUCUCAGCUGGACACGAGUAUGAGUGAUGAAGAGUGCGAGAAGGGGUGCUUGAGGAACUGUUCUUGCACAGCUUUUCUCAGCUUAAAUAUUGAUAGGAAGGGGAUUGGUUGCUGGACAUGGUAUGGUGAAUUGGUGGACAUUGCAGCGUAUACAAGUGAAGGGUUUGAUCUAAAAGUUCGUGUGGAUGCGAGUGAAUUAGCUAAGAACACAAAGAAGUCCAAAGCUUCUCUUGGCAAAAAGGGGGAGCGGGCUAUUGCAAUAUCAUCUGCUGCAGUGGCUUUGGUUCUAUUAUCCUUACUAGCCUACAUGUGGCUAAUGAAGAAGAGGAAAGCAAAAGGCUCUUUAGAGGCUAAUGAACUCGGAGAUGGCAGUAGACAUCCUGAUUUACUGCUUUUCGAUCUAAGAUGUAUGGUGGAAGCCACUGACAAUUUCUCUCCGACCAACAAACUUGGGCAAGGUGGUUUUGGCUCUGUUUUUAAGGGUCAAUUUUCUAAUGGACAACAGAUAGCUGUAAAAAGGCUGUCCAAAAGUUCAGGACAAGGAACAGAAGAAUUCAAAAAUGAAGUCAUGUUGAUUGCAAAACUUCAACACAGGAACCUUGUCAAAAUUUUAGGCUGUUGCAUUGAGGGGGAAGAAAAGAUGCUGAUUUAUGAGUACAUGUCCAACAAAAGCUUGGACUUCUUUGUUUUUGAUGAUAGAAGAAGUUCAUCCCUGAAUUGGAGUAAACGUUUUGAAAUCAUCAUUGGGAUUGCUAGUGGGAUUUUGUAUCUUCAUCAAGACUCAAGAUUAAGAAUCAUUCAUAGGGAUCUUAAAACAAGCAAUGUUCUACUAGAUGCUGAGAUGAACCCCAAAAUUUCGGAUUUCGGCGUAGCCUGUAUAUUCAAAGGGGAUCAAAUUCAAGACAAGACAAGCAGAGUGGUAGGAACAUAUGGUUACAUGCCUCCGGAGUAUGCAGUAUUUGGAAGAUUUUCAACAAAAUCAGAUGUUUUUAGCUUUGGUGUCAUAGUAUUGGAGAUAGUUGCUAGCACGAAGAAUAGCAGUUCUUAUCGGGAGCACCCUUCCCAAACUUUGAUAGGGCAUGUAAGUAACAGAAAACAACAAUCUUCAGCAUUUGCAUGCUUUUCUUAGACAGUCGAUCUCUUAUAGAUAAUCCCAUGAACCACACAGGUCUGGGAAUUAUGGAGAGAAGAUAGAGCCCUGGAUAUAGUUGAUUCAUCAAUAA